AGUUGAACGUUGACUUGGAAGAGUAAGGUUGUCAAGGUCGCCUUUGGGAUCGGCGCGCGCAUAUUUACCCCGAAACCGCCGAGUAUUAAGAAGUGGAUUCUCUGUGUUCUUUAUUAUCGGCUUAACUACAUUCCAGCAGCGAUCAAUCAACGGAAUGGCCGUGUCCAGUGCAGUCAGAAUGUUGGCAGCGGCCUGCCUUGUGGUGUCAGCAGUCGGGAUGCGCAGACUGGGCGACUGUUCUUCAAGUGCUGACUGCGGACCUGGCGCCUGCUGUACAGUAGCAGGCUUCAACCGCUACAGCGUGCCGCAGUGUACUCCCCUGGGCGACCUGGGGGACUGGUGUCGCAUCAUGAACCCCCCGCGGGAGCUGAAUCUUGCGUACCCCAACGGCCUUCAGAUUGUCCUUACGGAUACAUACCACGGAAUGUGUCCCUGCAGACCUGAGCUCGUCUGCUCCAGGGCCUCGUCGACCUGCCAGUUGCCGAACGAGAGCACGCUGGACCAGGAGGACAACUCGCUCUACAGAGAUUAAUCGGCUGCGCUUUAAGCGAGCUGAGAGCUGCGCAAGUAAGCUCAAUCCAAAGGGAAAGAUUUCUCUAAAGACAAAACCCAAAAGGCGUGACAGAAGACCCAAGUUCUUGCACACAGAGACGAGUCGCCUUCGUGUUCCCCGAACCUCCAGUCAGAGGUUUUGUAUUGCAUAUCAGCUUCCUCUUCCGCGUUACUAUAUCUGUACCUGUUACUUCACUCCCGUGCUUCGAAUCUAGAUUUUGGUUUCGUCUGUGAGGAAGUUCGCUGAAGUUAGGGCCCUUUGUCUCCCUCUUUGUAUACGGAGUAGUCAUACUCAGCACAUGUGUGUGUGCAUCAGAAUAUGUCACACAUUAUUGUGUCAUUACAUGAAGCAUAGCCUCAAAUAUCUAUGAGUUUUCAAGCAACUUUUCCAAUGAGCACGCUAAUGAAAACAAGACGUUAUUUUUUUGUUUUGUUUUUGUUUGACUGGUGUUGCUCAUUGAGUCAUUCAAAACCAUAGUUUUUUGUGGCUGUUUUAUGGCAUAUAUCUAUAUACAAGAUGCAUUUAAAACAGUUGCAGUACCUUGGAAGCUGAGCUUGAUAGGUAUUAUUUCAUCCGCUUUCUAAUACAGAGUAUAUACGAAGUACAAACGCAUAUUUAAACAAGAAAUUGGAUGCAAAAGAAUCAUUCUUCGGUUGAUGUUUACUUGAACAACACAUCAGAUGGAAUGUGCCAUGUUAUAGUUGACGUUGUAGGUUCUGAAGUAGUGGGAGUGUGUUGAUGAAAAUACCAGAGCAUUCUUAGCAGCGAGAUAAACGUUUUCCCGUUAUAUGUAAGCACACUAAUAUUAUAUACUUUUGCUUUAUUGCCUUUUUGUAUGAUAUUCCCAGCACCUUGAGGCUGAGGAGGUACCAAAGAUAGCCUUCAUGGGCAUUUGAUAAUGUAUUUAUGAAAUAAACAAUAGCGACAUGA